AUGCCAUCUUGCCGGAGGCUGUCACGUGCGGGCGACAGCAUCGCGCUUCACCUCGGACGCCAAAAACGACACCAGGACGCCACCAAGUUCCCUGGACUCCGUCCUCAACCCGAGGUGAGGCGCAGGGGCCCUUCUCUCGUGGGUCGGAGCAGGGACACGGUGGGCGCUGGGUCCCUGGGGCGCGUCUUCCCGUCGGGGCCAGUCCGCGUCAGGCUGCAACGCCGUCGGGGGCCGGAGGCGCAGCCGUUAGCUCUGCGCCACGGCCUCGAGGUGUCAGCUGUUAAGUUGUGGGCUGGGGGCACGAGGGGCCGGGGCGGCUGCCGGCGCGGGUCCCCGAGGACCCCAGUCCGCGGCCGCCUCGUCUCCCGUACUGACCCAGCAGGGCCGGAAGAUGAGCGAGCCUGCUCGGAGAGGCCCGGCAGCGGGGCGCCACGCGCGCCGCGCGAGGGGCGCGGGCUGCCGGGAGGAGCGCGGAAUGGGGCGGGGGGGGGGGGGCGCGGGCGCAUGCGCCCUGCGCCCGUGCCAUAUUGGAAUGAGUCGGAGCGCGGAGCGCCGCCGCCGCCGCCGCCUCCGCCGGAGCGCGGGUGGAGGGGGGCGGGGAGAGCUGCCGGCCGCCCCGCUCCGCGGAGCCCAGCAGGAAGGAGAGCGCGAGCGGGCGAGCGCGGGCGGCGCGAGCGGAAAAAGCUUCCGCGCGGGGGGACGAAAAGAAGAAAAGAAAGAAAGAAAACGAGCGCGAGAAGGGAAAAGCGAGCGAUUGAGCGAGCGCGCGCGCGAAAACUCCCGGCAGGUAAAAAAGCGGGGCCGCCGGCUGGGCCUUCCCGCGCGGCGGCCUGA